CCACCGCGGUGGAGCCAGAUCCCCUCGCAGCCGCCGCUAAGACCCGGAGAAGUGGAAUUUCACUUUGUAACUCGGGUUCCGCGCGAGGGCCAGCGCCGGGCAUGCUCAGUCGCCGCGGCGCGUCGGAGCUGGGCGGGCGCUGCGCUGGCCCCGCGCGGCCGGGCUCCCGGGCUGGCGCGGAGUCCACGCCGCCUCCGCCGCGGCCGCAGGGCGUCCGGAGGCCACGCGGUUGCGGCCCGAGAGCACCUCGGCCCCCACGCUGCUCCGCCCCUCGCCAGCCGCCUCCCACUCGUCUUCCCCUCCGCCUCUCCGGGGGAGGCGAAGCUGGUUCACGUUUCAGUCGGAGCCACACACCGCCCUGCAAAGCCCAGCCGAGGACCUGGGAAUGAAUCCCGGAGACCAGAGGACCUUUGGCAGUGGCUCUUUCUAAUUACACUUCGCCUGAAGUGGGGUCGUGGCGGAGUUCCUCCUCCACCUCUCAAUGCAAACACUAUGCGGAGAGCAGUCGGCUUCCCUGCGCUCUGCCUGCUUCUCAGUCUUCAUGCUGCAGGGUGCUUUUCGAGAAAUAAUGAUCACAUUUUGGCAAUUCAGCAGAAGAAUGGGAAGCCAGCAUUCAUUUAUCACCAUUCACAAGACAUUGAGAAGAGCCUGGAUAUAGCUCCACAAAAGACAUACAAACAUAGCUUUCACUCCCCUUCUGAGGCUCACAUAAGCAAACACCGCCAAAUUGUUGACUCAGCAUUUCCUAGGCCUGCAUAUGACCCAUCUCUCAAUCUGUUGGCCAUGGCCGGUCAAGAUCUUGAAGUGGAAAACCUUCCAAUCCCAGCAGCAAAUGUAAUUGUGGUGACACUGCAAAUGGAUGUCAACAGGCUGAACAUAACCUUGCUUCGGAUAUUCCGCCAAGGAGUGGCUGCAGCUCUAGGACUUCUGCCUCAGCAAGUGCACAUCAACCGCCUCAUUGGAAAGAAGAAUAGUAUCGAGCUAUUUGUGUCUCCCAUAAACCGAAAAGCAGGCAUUUCUGAUGCCCUGCCAUCUGAGGAAGUGCUGCAUUCACUUAACAUCAAUGUUUUGCACCAAAGUUUAUCCCAGUUUGGAAUUACAGAGGUCUCCCCUGAGAAUGUUUUACAAGGGCAGCACGAAGCGGACAAAAUCUGGAGCAAAGAAGGAUUUUACGCUGUUGUCAUUUUUCUCAGCAUCUUUGUUAUUAUAGUAACGUGUUUGAUGAUUCUUUACAGAUUAAAAGAAAAGUUCCAGCUUUCCUUGAGACAAGAUAAAGAGAAACACCAGGAGAUCCACCUAUCGCCCAUCGCAUUACAGCCCGCGCAGUGCGAGGCAAAGCCAGGCAGCAGCAUGGUCCAGCCUGAGCAGGCCCCAAAGGUGCUGAAUGUGGUCGUGGACCCUCAAGGCCGAUACACUCCUGAGAUAAAAACCACCACCACUGUCUGCCCUUCUCCUUUCAAAAUGAAGCCCAUAGGCCUUCAGGAGAGACGUGGGUCCAACGUAUCCCUUACCCUGGACAUGAGCAGCUUGGGGAAUGUCGAACCAUUUGCGGCCAUAUCAACCCCACAGGAGAAAGUAGCAAUGGAGUACCUGCAGUCAGCCAGCCGGGUUCUUACAAGGUCACAGCUGAGGGGUGUCGUGGCGAGUUCACAUUUACUCCAAAGUGAAUUCAUGGAAAUACCAAUGAACUUUGUGGAUCCCAAGGAAAUUGACAUUCCACGUCAUGGAACUAAAAAUCGCUAUAAGACUAUUUUGCCAAAUCCCCUCAGCAGAGUGUGUUUAAGACCAAAAAAUGUAAAUGAUUCUUUGAGCACCUAUAUUAAUGCUAAUUAUAUCAGGGGCUACAGUGGCCAAGAGAAAGCGUUCAUUGCCACACAAGGUCCCAUGAUCAAUACCGUGAAUGAUUUCUGGCAGAUGGUUUGGCAAGAAGACAGUCCCGUGAUUGUUAUGAUCACAAAACUUAAAGAGAAAAAUGAGAAAUGUGUGCUCUACUGGCCAGAAAAGAGAGGAAUAUAUGGGAAAGUUGAGGUUCUGGUUAUCAACGUCAAUGAAUGUGCUAACUACACCAUUCGAAACCUCGUCUUAAAGCAAGGAAGUCAAACCCAACAUGUGAAGCAUUACUGGUAUACCUCAUGGCCCGACCACAAGACUCCAGACAGCGCCCAGCCCCUUCUGCAGCUUAUGCUGGAGGUAGAAGAAGAUAGACUUGCUUCCAUGGGCCGAGGGCCUGUGGUUGUCCACUGCAGUGCGGGAAUCGGCAGGACGGGCUGUUUUAUUGCUACAUCCAUCGGCUGUCGACAGUUGAAAGAAGAGGGAGUUGUGGACGCGCUAAGCAUUGUCUGCCGGCUGCGCGUAGACAGGGGUGGAAUGGUCCAAACCAGUGAGCAGUAUGAAUUUGUGCAUCAUGCUCUGUGCCUGUAUGAGAAUAGACUUUCAGCAGAAACUGUCCAGUGAUUGUCUGAAGAUUUACCAGACCACCAAUCUCUAGGGGUGAUUAGUCAAUUACCCACUUGAGGCUUCUGGAAGGAGCUUUCUGCAAUGGAAGGAAGGAGAAGCCCUUCAGCCAAGCUGUGGCACAGACUGCAGAGGACGGCAACCUGUUAAAGACUGCCAGUCCCUUGUGUAUGUGAAUGCGUUUGUAAGCAUCCCCUAAAUUAUUCUGAAGAUCCUCUGCUGGAGGUAUGAUAGAUUUCUCACACACCUAAGGGGGGUUUUGUUUUGUUUGUAUUGACUAUCUGCCACACAGAAUGUAUGGAUGAAAUACUCAAGUGAUGUAUGUCAUCAGACAUCGGAAGGAGCCGCUGAAGAAAUUAUUAUCAUGUGUUUCGAUGCUUUAAUGUUUGCAAAAUCUGUCUUGUGAAUGGGCUGUCAGCUAUUAAACUGUUCCUGUUCUAAGUGCUAUUGCCUUUCGCAGUUACCAGAAUCUUGACGCUCAAGUUGCAAGUGACUGACAAUGGAUUUUUAACAAAUAAGUUCUUGUUUUUGAAAAAAAAAAGUCAAAAGCAGUAACUGUUUUAUAUGGAAAUGUGUCUUGAUAAUAUUACCUAUGAAAUGUGCAUUUAUCAGUACCUCGUAUCAAUCAGUUACAGAGCACAAUGAUUGUCAUUGGGUCUAUAUGUAUUUACUCUCUAUUAUUGGGCAUAGAGGUGGUUUCUGCCCCAGAACUCUAUCCACUGUAUUUCUACAUUGUGAGUCAUUUUACUUUAAAAGGAAAAAACAAAUUUGUAGCAACUAUGAUGUAUCAAGAAUUUUAAAUACUUGUCUCUCUUUUACUAAGAAGGAAUUUUUGAAUAUGCUGUCUACCUGGAAUCUCUCUCCCAAUAAAAGGCUGAUGCCUUUGGGAAUGACUUCACCUGUCCCAUUCCCAGGUGUUCUUCAAGAGGAUGCUGCCAUGGAUACCCUUACAUUUCUGAAAGGUUUUAAUCCUUAAGAGACAAAAGUUAAAAAAAACUACACUCAGCAAACACUAGAUGUUAUGCUCAAAUAUGAAUUUUUAACACAGCUGUGUUGACUUUGUUUCAUACUGCCAAUAAACCACUUAAUACUAAAUAUUGUAAA